AGAAAACUUCUUGUAAUAGCAAAAGAUAGGAUAACAGCUUUUGUUUGCACUAAUAUGACUGGUACAGACAGAAGAAAACUUCUUGUAAUAGGAAAAUCAAAGAAUUCAAGAUGUUUUAAAAACAUAAAAACACUACCAGUAAAUUACAAAGCCAACAAAAAGUCAUGUAUGACGUCUGAGAUUUUUUAAGAAGAAAUUCGAAAAUGGAAUAGAGAACUUAUUGGUAAACAAAAAAAAAAGUUUUACUCCUUGCCAAUAAUUGCCCAGCACAUCCAAUUUUAGAAAAUUUAAAGAACAUCAACCUUGUAUUCCUUCCUCCGAAUUGUACUAGCGUACUUCAACCAAUGGAUCAAGGAAUUAUAACAAGCCUUAAAUCUCAUUUCAGAAAAAUUAUUUUUCAAAAAAUUAUAACAAAUAUGGGAGAUAAAAAUAAAAUGGCAAUUUCUUUAUUAGAUGCAGUUGAUUUUUUGGAAAAAUCUUGGUGUAAGGUUAGUUCGCUAAUAAUAGCAAACUGUUUUCGCCAUGCAAAAUCGUGUAAUAAUCAAACAGCUAUUACAUUUACGAAAGAUGACAAUAAUGAGGAUAAUGACAUUCCUCUAUCAGAAUUAGUUAAAACAUUUCAGAGUUCAGAAAACAGCGAAUUUUUGUCAUCUGCUGCUACUAAAUAUAAGAGUGUAGAUGAAAAUUUAAUAACAUCUGAAUUUUAUACAGAUGCAGAUAUUAUUGAGCAAAUUGAAUGUUCAGACGAAAAAAAUGUGAAUGAUGAUGAUGAUGAUGAUGAUGAUAAUGAAAAAGAUGAAACAUCAAACAGAGAAACUGCAGUGCCAUCAACCAGGGAAGUGAGUAAUGCAAUAAGGUUAUUGAAAAUGUUUUACAGGUCUCAUAAAACUUCAUCAGAAAUAAUGAACAAAAUCUAAGACUUAGAAAAUGACAUUGAUAAACAAUUUUUAGGUGAAAAACGCCUACAAUCUAAAAUAACUGACUUUUUUUAAGUGAAUAUUUUUAUUGUUUCUUUUUAAUUGGUAUACAUUAAUUUAACCUAAAAGUGAA